CGGUCUUAAUAAUCAUAAAUAAUAAUAAUAAGUACAUUAUUAAAUUAGUUUUAUUGUAAGUAUUUUUUAGAGCAGAUUCUUAGUCAAAUACAUGUAUUACUUCCCUUUUGCACGAACCGCAACUCUUUCAUAAAGUUAGCACGUGAUAAAUUUAUUGAAUAAGUUAAAAAUACGACAAAAAUAAUAUUCGUUAUAAAUUACAAAUAGUAUAAUUAUUGAGUUUGUAUUUUUUUUUGAAAAGGUCCUAAAACAAAAUUAUGUAAUGUAUUCCCAUUUUUAUAGUAUCUUGUGAUCUUGAAGUCCAAGGUCACGAUCUCUUAUUAUUAAUUCGCUGUCGUCUGCUAGAUCUAGAACCAAAUCCCAUCAUUCCACAGUUUACCAACAGUCGUGCGACGAAGGUGCAGGCUCCUAAUUUUAACCCCAUGUUAUGUAUGUUCUUUCCCCCCCCCCCCUUCUUUCUUCUUAUUGAAUUCUAUCGUCUGCUGGCACGUAGACGGCCGUCAAGACGAGAGGGAGAAAGAGAGGAGAGAGAGAAUCCAGUGAGCCCUCGCUCGACCCCCUGACAACAGAAGUGAGCGCACAUAGGCCUGGGAACAGGGUCACGUUCCAGCGCAUUUAAAAGCAGAUGAAAACUUUCUAAGGCAGUCUUUUUUUUUUUUCCUUGUUUCGAAAUCUUUCUGACUUGACCAGUACCAAACUGCUAAGUUUUUAUAUGAACACACACUACAGUCAGUUGAACAGCUGUGAUCAGUCCAUCGUAUUAAAAUAUAAUGAAAACGAAAGUGAAUGUGUUUCUGGAUUUGUAUUCACUGUGACGUUUAAAUCUGAAUCUGAAGAAUGGCCUCGACCUUGGACCCUUUGUACCAACAUAACCAGCUGUUCAACUGGAUGUAUUUGACGUUAGCUGACCAGCAGGCUGGACACAUCAGUCCCAGCAUCUACGGUAACGGUGGCUCUACUGCCAACACAGACCUGUGGUUCGAGGAGCAUUACCGACAGAAGUCUACACUUGACUCGCAUGGGACUUCCAGGAACCACUCUCUGACGUCGUGCAGUGGGAGUUACCUAAACAACAACAACUUGCAAUCAUUGACCAAUGGAAAUAUUCCUUCCAUAGCAGCUAACGGCCUAGCCAAUGUCAAACUCCAAGCCAUAACGGGUGGAGCUUUUGCCAACGGAGGCACCCAAUCACUGCAUUCUCUCAACAGCAGGAACGCCCAGUCGCCUUUGACAAGUAUGGUCAAUGUUAACAACCUCCUCAAAGCCAACGGCUUGUCUAAUGUAAAUGGUUACAAUGAUUCCUGGUCAAGUCAACAUCACGAAUACAGCAGCAUUGCAUCAACUCCGUUUCCAUCACAUUCAGUGUCCAGUCCUUCCCCCUACAGCAGCAUCGUCGACCUAACAGACCAGUUCUCGGACCUAACACUCUCUCAGGAUAGGAGACUUGGCAAAAGACCUCCCAGUUCAUAUCUCUGUCACCUGUGUUUCACCAAAGGUCAUUAUAUCAAAGAUUGCCCUCAGGCGAGACCUAAAGGUGAAGGUCUGACGCCUUACCAAGGGAAGAAGAGGUGUUUCGGAGAGUACAAGUGCCCAAAAUGCAAGCGGAAGUGGAUGAGCGGCAACAGUUGGGCCAACAUGGGCCAAGAGUGCAUCAAAUGCCACAUUCUGGUUUACCCCCACAAGCAGAGACCAUUAGAGAAACCGGAUGGCCUUGAUGUGUCCGACCAAAGUAAAGUCCACCCACAGCACCUGUGCGAGAAAUGCAAGAUGUUGGGCUACUACUGUAGAAGAGUGAACUGAUUGGCUGAAGCACUUCAGGAGGAGUAACUCUGCUUCAUACGUUGUUUUUUUUUUCUUUUCCUGAGCUAACAAAAGGGAUAGAGUUCUCCAGCAAACUUCCUGUCAUGAUUGAUUCAUUAUAAUUCAAUUGUAACAUACUUUUGUUUUGAGCUCUAUAAAUCGAUCUUUAUGUUUAUAUAAAAGUAAAAACAGAAAAAGGCCAGCAGCUCUUGCACAUUGUUACUGGAUUCCGAUUUUACUUGAAUAUUGUAACAUUUCGUAAGAAAUGUUUUUUUUUUUUUUUGCUUUUGCAUACCCAAAACAAAAUGUAUAGCAUCUAGAAAGAAUAUGGAUUAUUAAUUAGAUUUCUUUAAUGUGCCAUGUGUUCACAAUUUCUAUUUAUGUGUAUGUGACGGUGAGCCACACGGUUUUAAUUGACUUCAUCAAUGCAACUAGAAACAAAUGUGGUUAAAAGCAAACAAAAUUUAAAAAAUCAACAUAAGUGAAAUGUAAUACUGCAGUUGUAUAAUUUUUUUUUUUUUAAAUUUGAGAUUCUAGAUUGAAUGAGUUCAGUUUGAGACUAACUUUAAACAGUAUCACUUUUCAUUGGCUCAUGGGACACUUGGGAUGCAUGGGUGGCUAUGAGCAUGACUUCUCUCUGCCAUAGGCAACCCAACAAAUGUUUAAUUUUUGUUCAGUACACACAUUGAUAUAACAUUGAAUCAACUUUAAAGGUAAUUGAACAACAAAGCUAAACCAAUUAUGUGAUUUAAACACUAUUACAGAAAUUUACUCUAAUGUAUCGAAUGUAAAUAGUAAAAGACAAACCCAUAUUCCAUUUAAAUAUUACUAAUAAAAACCCAGCCUGUCUAACAUUAAACCAUGAAUAGCUCUUUAAUUGCUUUAUCUUGUUAGCACUUUCCUUCACAAUAAUUGUGUGAUUAGCUUCCAUUAAUUUAGAAUGUAGAGUGCAAUGAAAGCAUUCCCAAAACAAAUCAGUUUUAAUAAAUCAAUACAUUCGACAUUGCAUUAGCGACCAAUUUCAAUUUCCUCUCCAGUUCAAAUGUGUACAAUUCAAGACACAUAGACUGAAUUUUGAAAACUGUUUCUUGUUUCUGUUGUGUAUAUAUUGAUAUGCUCUCUUUACUUAUACAUCCUCAAAAAGAAUGUUUGUUUCUUUUUUUGUAUAAAUUAGUUUCUUGGUUUGCUGACAAUUCCAUUAUUUUUUCCUUCUAACAUUUCAUUUUUAAAUUCUCUACAUUAUUUUCAGAGAAUUUGUUUUUUUCUUUUAACUAUGCAAAAAAAUAAUACAAAAAACUUUUUGAAAUCCAUAAGAUGUAUAUGUGUUUAAAAGAAUUUUUUUCAAAGUUUGCUCAUAACUUUCAAUGAUAUAUUGAUUUGUUGUACAUUGAAAAUAUGGAACCUAACAUGCUUGUUGACAUUUUGAAAGACAUUAAAUGUGACUUUCAAAAUGUGCCUUUUUUUUCUUAGUAUAGGUGUUAUCCCAGAUGUUUUUUUUAAUGCAAAUUAUAUCAACAAUUAGCUAGCUACCAAAGCUGGACAUCUUACCUGUUAUCAGUAUUGAUAAUGCCUUAUUAAAAGUAUGUUUUAUUUGAAAUUAGAAAUAUUGUGCCUUACAUUUCAGCAUUUACAUGGUGACUUUCAGAAUGUUAAUAUUUAGACUUUCAUUUUAUCGGGAUCAUUAGUAAGAACCUUUGAGCACAGAAAUUAUUUAUAUUUUUGUAGUAUUCAUUUGUAUAUUCUGAUAUUUUUUGUUUUUUUUAAAACAAUUACACUUGUGUUGUGAAAUAUUAAUAUUAAAGAGGAUGGUUUAAAAAAUUAUUUUAAAAACACUAUCACAGAAGUUUUUUUUUAACAAACAUAUAAAACCAAGUUAUUAUUUUUUUAAAUCUAUUUGGGGAUAGGUUGAAAGUUACAUAUCAUAUAUUUUCUUUUUUUUUUAUUUAGUCUUUUUGUGUGUGUGUGUGUGUGUGUGUAAAUUUUAACAUGUUUAUGAAGUCACAAGAAAAAAAAACACUUUUUCUAUUUUUUAAGUAAAAAAAAAUGAAAUAUAACAAAAUAAUUUGUUUAACUUUCAGAUUACUUACUUAAGCUUAAAUUGUAUUAGUCCAUUUUUUUAUUUGCAUAUCAAGUUAAAAAGUAAACAAAGGGAACAUUUAUUUAAUUAACAAAACUGCAAAACUAACUGACCUAAUAUGUGCAUUACUUACAAAUUUAAACAAUGCCUUCGUUGCAAACAUUAUUGUCCAUCACUUAGUUCUACUUCUUCCAUUUUUGUUAACAAUAAUAGCACAUUCAGCGAUUUAGGUCGCAUUUUCUGGAGGCCAGUGCCUGCACAACUUGAAAGCAAGCACAAGCCAGACAGCAACCCCCAGAUUAUUUGCUCACUCACUUAUAUCUGUAUAUUUGUGUAGGUGUCCUAUACACUUCUGUAUAUGUGUGAACUGGUGACACACUAGAACAAUGGAAUAUUUAUUUGGCUGUAUCAUAUAAUUCACAGAUUAAUGAGGACAUGUCUGUUUUCUUUGAUUCUAUAUUUUGCUGUGAAAAUGAAAAGGCAGUUAUACAAUAAACAUUAUCAAUAACACAAGAAUUAAAUUACAUUAUUAUAAAAAAAAACAACAACUGGUAUAUUUCUACACUUAACAAAAUAUUUAUUUUUCAUGUCACCCUGUUAUUAAAAUUGCAUUAUUAUUUUGCCCUUUAAAAAAAGUCAUCUAUUUCACCUUCAAUUUGUUUAAAUAUUAAAAUUGAGACUUCUGUUCCACAUUUUCACACUAGCUAGCAUUCCAUGAUCUACUUGUAUCAUCUGCAUGCAUUCAGUCCCAUGUAUCUCUUAGAUUCUCUCUUUCCCAAACAAGAAUCUUAUUUAUAGUAACAUUAUCAUACCUUUGAUUCUCUCAAACUUUGUAAUAUUUAAGAUUACACAUUUCAUUGUAUCACAAGGUUUUAACAAAUUGUUUGCCAUUUACGGCACUGAUUUUUAUAAAAAUCAUUAAUGAAAUUGUAUGUUAUAUUGUUUUAACAUAACAAUAGUGAUUCUUUGGCUUUUUAUGCAAAGAAAAAACAAAAAUUUCGUUUCAAGAUAAAAAAAAAACAACAGCUUUUGUGUUUGCAUGCCAAAAUUAUUUUUGCUGCUUAUUGUGUAACCUUGACAAAUGUUGAAAAUAUCUGGCCAUGUUGCCAAUAAACAAUAUUUGUUCAAUAUUA